UGCCGAUUCGGGUUUUCAGCCAUUUGCACCCCUCGGCCACCGUAGGUUUUGCCCCAUAAAACUGUAUCAAAAGUCGAAAACGAACGUUGCCAUGCAAAAUCUCGAAGAGUAAAUACAAAGAAAUGUCAUUGUGUAGUUGUCCUCGACCUAAAUGCGCACACUGCCAUCUACUGGUGAAACACUGGCAAUAACAGACCUCAUCAAGCACGCAACUGCUUUGUAUAGCAACAGAACACCAAGAAUGCGACACCCACAUAUUAGUGCAACCUUUCAUAUGCAGUAUAUUAUGUUUGUCUUUGUGGUGAAGGAGUUUAAAUUCUGCCUGACUAAAAUCACCCAGGCCGUGAACUCUACUGGUGGAGCUAAGACACAUCCUCUCGGAAGCAGUUUGACCGAGUUACACAUCGCGUGCCAACAGACCGCUUCUCGUGACAGCGGGACAGAUGCUUCUUGGGCAAACGCCGCCUUGGCUGCAGGAAGGGCAGCGACACAGCCAGACUCACACUGUCGUGCCUCUCUUAACAAGAGGAGAACAAAUUAUGUCAUGCUGCAUAGUGUUUACACCAUGUCAGUGUGUCGGUGAGGAGUGAAAGUAAACCGUUUAUUUUUUUUUUCUCGUGGAGCCUGUGGGACAGGAGCGCGCAGUGGGGAGUGCGUGAUGCCGCUCCAACAGACGUCAGAGUGAGACGGUAAAGAGGGCGAGAAAGGCACGCAACUGUCCGGCCCUGCUGGGAGGCAUGAUGGCUUCUGCUGCAGAGGUCACUGAGCCUUCAGGGCAAGUCAUGAUGGUUACAACAGAGGAUGAGGGGUGCAGGGGCAAUGACCAUAGGAGACAAGUCAUCCUGCAGCUAAAUGGGCCAAAUGAUGACCCUGCUGGCAUUGCCACCACAGUUUUAGCCAUAGAGACCCAUCAAAGUGACUAUAAAGCCGAGGGGACAGAGAUAGAGUAUGGCUACCCCAUCACCUGUGGAGACAGCAGAGCAGUGCUGCUGUUUAAGAAGUUUAUAUGUCCAGGAAUCAAUGUGAGAUGUGUUAAGUUCAAUGACCAGCUCAUUAGUCCCAAGCAAUUUGUACACUUGGCAGGAAAAGCCACUCUGAAGGAUUGGAAACGAGCCAUCAGAGUGGGAGGGGUAAUGCUCAGGAAAAUGAUGGACUCUGGCCAGAUAGAUUUCUACCAGCAUGAGUCCAUGUGCAGCAACACCUGCCGCAGCACCAAGUUUGAUGUGCUGAUGAACAGCACGCAGCCUCCUCUAGGGACCUUGGUGCAACCGAGCCUGUUGUGUUUACCUCUUGAGCCUGUUGGAGGACAGCUGCUUCCUGUGACAGAGUUCUCAUCCUGUAACGGAUCUUCUCUAGAUGGAGUGUUGAGUCUUUGGCAGAGUGUAGCGGAGUCAGGGCUGAUGGGAGAUGUUCUGUCUGGUCUCGACACCAAACUAGGGGCCGCUCUAAAAGGGGUGGAGCUUCGCAGCAGGAAGGGCAGCCUGCAGGAGACAGAUGCUCAUAUACUUAAUUCCCUGUGUGAGAUGUUUGGGCUUUUGGAUUCAGUGAAACAAGCUCUGGUCCUUAGGUGCACCCAGAACCAAGAGAGAAAUAUCCAUCAUGUGCUGGAUGAAAUCCCAGAGGAACACAGGAAGCAGAGCUGCAAUCAAAGCAGAUCUUAUAAAACCUCAUCCUUCAAACACCUUCGACCUCACCGUCAGAGCCCACAGAAAAGAUGCGCGCACUACUCGCUGUCGAUUGAAAGGACAAACUCAGCGACCUAUCCACUGUCUUUCACUGGUUUAUCAGCCGCAUCUCACGUUCAGGUCUUCAGCCAUUUCUCUGCCCCCCCUAGUCGAGGUCACCUUGCUGGAGCCAGCAGGACAGACGGAGUGGGCCAAAACAAUACCUCAGGAAAGAAUAAAAACAUGAAAUAGAGGACAGUACUUUUUCUUGGAGAUGGUCAGAUUAGAUGUGACGAGGUGGAGAAGACAAAAAGCUCACAUGACACUGAAAACUUUAAGUAGAUUCUCGUGGCUCUUACUGAGAGGAAGUGCAAGAGACUAAAUAAAGCCCUGCAGUGAAGACACCAAACUCACUAAUGUGUUGUGCAACAAACCUCCCUUAUUGGGAGAUAUUCCGGGACUGUUGGGUUGGGCUUUUAGAAUCAUUAGAUAAAUACACAUUAGAUUCAGAUAGAGGGACUGUAAAUUCCCAGAAGAAUAUCCAGGAGAACAGUGUUUUACCUGUAGUUAUAAUGUUGCGGCUGAAUGGUGCAUAAAAGGGUUUAACUGCAAUAAAGGAGGUACAGAAACACACUGUCCAAAUUAAGAUGUUUAUAAUAGAUGUUGGUUUUAGACACUUUUUAAAAAAUUGAGCAACUGAAGAAACUUAGUUAAAUACUUUGUUGGCUGCUUGACCCAUAAUGUACAUAGUUAAUAAUAAAAUCUUUAUAUUCUUCACUUUUAUUUUGAUAAAACUCACCCCACCAUAUAUUUUAUUUUGCCUUUCAGUUCCAUUUGUUUUAUAGAGUCCCAAUUUACAAUAAAUGACAUCCCAAGGAACUUUACAGGACAGUCUUGACUCCCAUUAAUCUCCAAUUAUCUAUAAAAGAUACAAAUAAUUAUAUAGUCAGCUCAAGAUCUUAAUACAGUCUAAUUUAAUCCAAAUUGGAAUACAUUACAGUCAUAUUCAGUUGAUCAUUUGAGACCUAUUGGUUAUAAGUUAAAGAAGUCUAUAAGGUGUUAUCAUUGCAAAGUCCACAACUUUGCAAAAAUCCCUUAUCAUUAGCAAGCAAGUUGGCGACAGUGUGGAAGACACACUUUCUUUUAAAAGGAAGAAAGGUUCAGCAGAAACCGACCAGUAAAAGUUUUGGGGCUGGGAGGAAAAUAAGGAGACAGAGCCAAAAACGGAGGCACCUAACAAGGAAUACUUUUCAAAGACAUAAAUACAAAGAGAGUGCACAAAAUUAAUGGUAGCAAUAGCUCAGUCAGUGAUUUCGUCCAAGUAGGAGAGCUAAACAGAAUCAUUGAGCUUAGUGUAUCUUCUAUGGAAAGUUUAACAGAGACAAUACACAAAGUUAAAUACAGCAGAAGCAUAAUGUCUUUGUACUGGUCAGAAAGUGUCCCAAAACAGAAACACGAGGUCAGGGGUACCUUCUAGACAAACAACAUACAGAGAACAGAAAAUUAGCAUUUUAAAAUCCUGUCAGUUUAUGCAAUACAAUGGUCAUUUAUUUUCAUGAGUUUUGUUAUGAUGAUGUGAGCUUGUGUGCAUUGGGUGGGAGGGUGGUGGGUAUCAUGUCCUUUUUUAACUAGAAACAGUAAACUGAGAUGCUAAAGCUGCUAAAAUAAGCACUUACUGUUGUAACGCUAACACUGUUUUCUCCUCUUACAUAAUAAACCAAACACAAAGUGAAUGUUCUGAAAUUUCUGGGCAAAUGGUAAUGUUUUAUACAUGUGAUCUACAACUCUUUUGAGAGAAAACUUUGUCUAAAAAAAGUUAUAUGUUGUAAUAUGUGUAAUUUAAAAACAUAUUUUGUUAGUAGUAUUGGUGGAAAGGUUUACACAGUUUGGAUUAAAGGAAAUAUUUAUUGCAAAUGCUGGCCUGUUGUUUAUUGUGGGCCAAAGGUGCAAUGAUAAAUAAAUAAUUAAAUAAUUUGUUUUCAAAGCCAAGAUGUUUAAUAAUGAAAAUAACAUUUUAAAUACUUGCAUUCACUAAACAAAUAAAUAAGCAAAUGUAUUUAGGUGUGUUUUAAAUGUGCCCAUAUUUAAAUACUGUCAGGUUAUGCCAUUUUGGUCUUUGUUUUUGCUUACUUUGCCAUUAGAUGUUUUCCCUGUUCCUCUGAUUAGUAGUUUACUUUUGUCUAGUUAAUAUUUGUUUAGAUCCUUGUGCUUUUGUGUUUCCUUUAGAUCUAUUUUCUUCACCAAGUUUGUUAUUUAGUUUACUUCUCUUUUGUUUGUUCCUUAUGUUUAUUUCCUUCCUGUCAAGUUUUAUUUAAUUGUGUUUACUUUUACUUUUGCAGUUAGGUUUUUCCCAUGUCCUUAGAUGUAGUUGUUGCUUCCUUUUAGAUUUAGUUACCAUUUAUGUUCGCUCAUUUUUAGGUUUAUUAUUUAGUCUAGUUUAGUUCCUCGUGUCCCUGUCUUCCUAGUUAGUAUUUUGAUCCCUGUAUUUAUGUUUAUACUUUUCCUUAGAUCUGUUUCCCUGAGUUUCUUUAGUCUAGUUUCUCCCAUGUCUCUGUGUUCCCCUGCACCAGUAUCCACAGUAAACUAAUUCCCUCAGUUCCCUCAGCUGGUCUUCGCACCUGUCAUUAAUCAUCUGAUUACUUGCCUCCCGUCCCAUUGGUUCACAUUGCACUUCCCUCUGUAUAUUAACUUAACGGUUUCUUUGUUCCCUGUCUCCUGCUCUGUGUCCUCGUGUAAGUCAGUUGUUUAUUUUUAUUAAAGAAGAUUCCUAAACUA